AUGUCGCAAGGAUCCUAUCCUUCAGAAAUUAACACACCAAGAACCCCCUUCACCCCGGGUCUGGGGUUUCCAUCAAAUUCAUAUGCUUCGCCCUACACAAGACCCUCUCAAGCGCAUUCAGCCCGAUUUUCAAACUUACCCACAAGCUCUAAUUCCACCCCGUUACCAGCUUCCAGUGAUCUUUUUGUGCGUCCAGGAAGACACAAUGCAAAUGGACAUGCUAAUGGGACUACCAAUGGUCAAACUAAUGGCGAUGCUUAUGAGCAAGAUCCCAAUGAAGAAACGCUCAGUAUUUUGCGCAGAAAUGUUUUACAAACAGAGAUUACCCAAGUGCACGACACAACAGGAGAAAAAGUUCAGGAGGCUUUUGAACAGUUUUUAGAAACAUUUAAAGAAGAAGACGAAACUGGAUCUAGCCAGAAUUCGGAUGAUUCGCGAUACUAUGUUCAACAAAUCCGUGGUCUUUUACGUGGCCAACUUACAACUGUUUUCAUUGAUUAUACUCAUCUCCAGUCUGUUGAAGACGGAGUUCUUGCGGAAGCAAUCACAGAAAGCUACUAUCGAUUUUUGCCAUUUCUGCUACUAGGUCUGCGUCGUCUUAUUCGCAAAUAUGCACCUUCGUUAAUUUUAUCAAAAGAAAACGGAUCCGUCGGAAACGAUGUGCUUAAUUCACUCGAGGAAAACUCGACAUCAAAUGGAUCUAAUACUAACGCAUCAGUUGCUGGUUCUACUGCACUCAAAGAUAACGGUAAAGUUUUUCAACUGGCCUUUUAUAAUAUGCCUGUUAUUAAUCGUAUUCGCGACAUGCGUUCCGACAAAAUUGGCUCGCUCAUGAGCAUUUCCGGAACGGUAACUCGUACUUCAGAAGUCAGACCAGAACUCUACCGCGGUACAUUUAUUUGCGAUGUUUGUCACUCAAUCAUUGAAAAUGUUGAGCAAGUUUUUAAAUUCACUGAGCCUCGUCAAUGCUCAAAAAUAACAUGCGACAAUAAGGUGUUGUGGAGUUUGGAUGUAGCUAAAUCCACUUUUAUUGACUGGCAAAAAGUCCGAAUUCAAGAAAACUCAGCUGAAAUUCCUACUGGUUCUAUGCCACGAACCCUUGAUGUCAUUUUGCGAGGUGAUAUUGUUGAUCGUGCUAAAGCUGGUGAUAAAUGUACCUUUACUGGUACUGAAAUUGUCAUUCCAGAUGUGUCUCAGCUCGGCCUUCCAGGUGUCAAGCCAACUACUGUCAGAGAUGGUGUUGGUGCAGGAAGAUUCAACGACGGUUUUAACUCUGGUGUUUCAGGUCUUAAGAGUCUCGGUGUACGUGAUCUUACUUACAAGCUGGCAUUUUUGGCCAAUUUUGUCACAGAAACAAAUGCUAGGGACAAGCGUCGAAAUUACUUUGAAAACGCUGGCGAAAACGAAGAAGGUCACAGAAGUUCCUUUCGCGAGCAAGAAAAAUAUUUAGAGUCUCUUACUGAAGCCGAAGUUAAUGAACUUCAUCUCAUGGUUCGUGAUCCCCAAAUUUAUGCUAAUCUUGUUGAUUCUAUUGCACCGACCGUUUGGGGUCAUCGCAUCAUUAAAAAGGGUAUUUUACUCCAAUUAAUGGGUGGUGUUCAUAAAACAACGGUGGAGGGCAUUUCUCUUCGUGGUGACAUUAAUGUCUGCAUUGUCGGCGACCCCUCUACCUCCAAAUCUCAAUUUCUUAAAUAUGUUACAGGUAUUCUUCCAAGAGCAAUCUAUACUUCUGGAAAAGCUUCUUCAGCUGCUGGUUUAACUGCUGCUGUGGUUCGUGAUGAAGAAACUGGUGAAUACACUAUUGAAGCAGGAGCUCUUAUGCUUGCUGACAAUGGUAUAUGUGCUAUUGAUGAAUUCGAUAAGAUGGACAUUAGUGAUCAAGUUGCCAUUCACGAGGCCAUGGAACAGCAAACAAUUUCAAUUGCGAAAGCAGGUAUUCAGGCAACCCUUAACGCUCGAACAUCCAUUUUAGCAGCUGCCAAUCCCAUUGGGGGACGUUACAACCGUAAGACCAGUUUACGCGCUAAUAUCAAUAUGAGUGCACCCAUUAUGUCACGUUUUGAUUUAUUUUUUGUUAUCGUUGAUGACCCUAAUGAACGCAUUGAUCGUGACCUUGCCGAGCACAUUGUGGAUCUGCAUAUGCGCACGGAUGAUGCCAUUGAGCCUCCCUACAGUACUUCACAAAUUCAACGCUAUAUUCGUUAUGCCAGCACAUUUAGCCCCAAAAUGACAAAGCCUGCUCGUGAUUACUUAGUUCAAAGGUACAAAGAACUUAGAGCCGAUGAUGCUCAAGGCCUUGGAAGAAACUCUUAUAGAAUCACUGUCAGACAACUUGAAAGUAUGAUUCGUUUGUGUGAAGCCAUUGCACGCGCAAAUUGUACUCGCAAGAUCACUGUUCAGAUUGUUGAAGAGGCUUAUGAACUUCUACGUCAAUCCAUUAUUCAUGUUGACCAUGAUGACGUUGAGGUUGAAGAUGAUAUUGAUCAACUUGAAAGAGAAGGGGGAAGCAAUGAAAAUGAAGAUUUGUUUGGAGAAACAUCUCGGCCGGCUGCAACUGACGAUGACACGCAACAAGAUACGGUUCCUCAGCCACAUGAACCAAGCAUUGCGUCGGGGACUAACGAACCUCGCAAACACAAAGUCAAGAUUCCAUAUGAGCGGUAUUCUGCAAUGGUCAAUCUUCUUAUGCAACGCAUUGAUGCUGCGGAAAAUGAAGGUGCAAAUCAAACCGCAAUGGAAGAUGCAGCUGGUGAAGGUAUCACUAAGGAUGAACUUAUUGAGUGGUACCUAGAACAGGAGGAAGAUAACAUUGCCACUGAAGCCGAAUACAAUUAUGAAAAGGCUCUUGUUGGAAAGAUCAUUGACAAGAUGGUGACAGAUAAUAUUCUCAUGGUGAUGCGUGGCGAGGGCUUCCCAGAUGAAGAUGGCCAUGCUUUGGAGCGCGAAACUCUUGUUCGCCAUCCCAACUCUGUUUCUUAA